AUGCCAGGAGUUCCAUCCGGAAGAGCCUGUGAAGCCUGUCGCCAACAGAAGAAGAAGUGCGACGAAACGACACCUUGUUCGCGAUGUAGUCGUCUUGGGAUACCCUGUGUGGGAUCCGGCCAACGGAGGUUCCAAUUCAAAGACCAAUCCCACAGAUUUCAGGCUGCUAAGAUUGAGCGAUCCAGCUCGACGCAUUCGGACGCAGAAGGGCGCUCGAGUGUGGGAAGAGUCUCUUCUCCUCCGAGUAACGCGCUGACAAUCCUGGUCAGCGGGUUCGCCGAGAGAGUCCAGCCCGCGACAAACCUGAAAUAUAACCUAAUAUGGGCCUAUGGAGGUUUUCUAUUACAGGUUCCCAAACGCUUGGGCUCAAACGAAGCUCUCGAUGCCGCUGCUAGUUGUCUCAUCACCGCACACCAAAGACUCAUUAUCGCUGGGGGUGAUGUUAUUCCUCAAGCUCUUGCAAAAUACUCCCAAGCACUUAACGCCCUCAGAAAAUGCUUAGACGAUCCCGUCGAGGCUUGCUCUGCGAAUACAUUGUGUGCGGUAAUGAUUCUUUUGAUGUGUCAGAUGUUUAUUGGCCUGGAAGGAACCCGUUACACCGGUCACUGCGAAGGCGCGGCCAAGAUUCUGAAAGCAAGAGGAACCCGACCGUACAACCCAGAAGACCAAUUUGAAUCCGUACUGCUCCUGACCCUUCGAGGCCCUGUGCUUUUCGAAGGGCUUUUCAAUAAUAGAAUCCAUUUCACGCGCGAAGACUGGGAAACUCUUGUGCAAAACGAACUGGACCAAAGGACAGGUGCAGGCAACAUGAUGAAUAGCCUUGCUCGAGUCCCUCCCAUCCUGGAACGCGGCAGAAUUGCCUUGAGAGAUCAACAAGAAGAUGAACUCCGGAACUUGUGCAGGGAAACAAAGAUCCUUUAUGAUCCUCUCAAGGCACCUUUGAGAGUCGCACAAGCCAAUUACCUGGAAUCAGCUCAGAAGUUUCGGGAUUUGCAAUCCAGUCCUGUCCAAGAUAUGUUUUCGUCUCCAGUUAUGAGACUGUAUGGGGGGCAUCAACGCAUGUAUGGUCUAGCGCUGCUGGUCCAAACUAUCCUCAACGGCAUCCUCCGUUCUUUGAGCCUUGAGCAUGACGUCAACCUCGAAUCAGAAUCGGACUGUUUGAUCAAGGAAAUUGUAUCUCUAGCAGAAGAUGCCACCAUUUUUCGUCCCUUAGGUUCUUGCUACAUGGGUCUGUGUCUUGUAUUGGCCUGGGCCGGAACCGCCGACCUUGAGACAAGACUAGAAGCCGAAAGGCUUUACAAAGAAUACCGCUCGGAUUUCCCGCUGUCUCAAGAUGCGAGUCUGGAAUUGGCAUCCAUGUCAAGUCAGUUGAAUUCUUACAACCCUCUUCUCCCUGGAGAUUCAUUUCAUCCAUGA